GUUCAAAUCAAUGGGCGAUCGGUCGCUAUAUUGGCCGAAGCUCUAGGUGGGGCCAAUGUGGACAACUGUCCGCAUCCUUGUGUGGCCAAACCAUGCGGCGAAGAUGGAGAAUGUGUGCCGGAAAUGGACUAUUUCACUUGCAAAUGCAAACCGGGCUACCGAGACCAUCUGUGCUCCAGAGGCCCGCCCUCCUUCCGUGGAGUGGACAGCUACUUCCACAUGAGCGAUGCGACCACCAUGGAAGCGAUUUCCACUGAUCCCUUGGACAUCAAUGUGCGGUUCAAAACGGGCUCAGAAUCGGGACUGCUGCUGUGGGCCUUCACUGGCAGCAGCUUUGUGUCGUUGGGGCUCUGGCGGGGGGCGCUGGAGCUCCGAUACACCGCCAACUAUCGAGAGGAUGAGAUGCUGGUGGUUCACAACUCCAGCACUGUGAACGACGGCCUGUGGCACCGAGUGAAGGCUGUACGGGAUGGAUCUUCGGGGCUGUUGAUUGUGGAUAAUGGGCCAGCGAUCACGAGACAGUCGGUGCAGAUCCGGCCCCCAGAUAAACCGUUUGCGCCUUCUGAGGCCGAUGGGCUCUUCAUUGGAGGGAUGCCGCAUCGGCUCAUUAAGCUGGUGACUGGAUAUCGGUCAGGGAUCAGAGGCUGCAUAGCAGACUUGGUGAUCAACGCGGAUUAUCACUUGGGAGUAAUCAAUAGGUCGGCGAUGCGACACAAUGUUGGAGAAUGUGAGGUGUGAGCACGCCGAUGGAGGUGUGAAGUGGCCCCCCAAGUCAAAUCACUCUAAAAUGCUGGAUUUUUGUAAAUAUACAGUUAGACUAUGCGACAGGGGCACGAAAGCUGCACUAAAGCAAGUAAUUAAUUUUUAAACGACUGAAGAAUGAUGGAGUACCAAAUAUCUUCGUCUAGUGUAGAGAGGAAUUGCCUAAGAGUAGUUGAGGGAUUUUGGAGUGACUUUGACUAGCCGCAGAGACUAUGGGGGCAAUACAGUGAUGGAACCGUUUAAAUGUCGAAUAUACACAACUUGCAUAAGGAAUUUUCGUACAAAAAUAUUAUGUGUUUUUGGUAUACCCACUACAAUAACAAGUAAACAUGUGCUAUUAGA